AUGCCACCUGUUCAGCGCAUCCCCCAAGGCCAGCACGAGCCCAGCAUCCUUGAAAAGAUGAAGAUGGGUGCCAUCAUGGGUGCCACAGCCGGUACCAUCAUUGGCGUCAUGUUUGGCGGCAUCUCUAUUUAUCAAAACGGUCCCGGUCCCAACGGCUACAUGCGCACAAUGGGCCAGUUUAUUGGCGGCUCUGCUGCUAUGUUUGGCCUGUUCAUGUCCAUCGGCAGCAUGAUCCGCUCCGAGGGCCGCAGUCCUGAGGAAUGGCGCAUGAUGUACCAGGCCUCUCUCCAGCGGGGCAUCAAACGCGACUAG